CAGAUUUAAGAUGGUUGCACGAAGGAUAAGUAAAAUGAGGAAGUACAGGACUUCCAUAUACAGGGAUGAUAUUCCUGUGUAUGCAAUAACCACCACUAGCACUAGUGGAAAAUCGUCUCCUCCAAGCCACGAGAUCUUCAAAUAUCUGGUGCCAUUACUAUUUGCCCUCGUCGCCACGAAGUAUCAAGCCAGAAAUGAGGAUCCAUUUGAAGCACACCCGAUAAACAUGUGGUGCUUUGUUAUAGCCACAAUCAUCUAUGGCCUUGCAUUGGGAAUAAGGAAACAAAAUACUCUCCGUGUUGCAAAAUACUCGCAAAUCAUAGACCAUGUUAUUCUCUUCUUUGGGGCUCUUUCUUCAGUCUCAUUACUAUCGGUCCUCCUCCCACGCUGCCUCGGGUUCUUGAGUUUUGGUGUAAUGUCAUUUGUGCUAAUAAUAAUAGCAUGGAAUAAACUAAAGCAUGGAUUUUGUUGGCUCUAUGACAGAGCAACCGAUCGGUUUACCUUCAUUCCAGAUAUUCGGGAUUGGUUCACCCAAGGCAACAUGGCAGCGCAGCCAAAUCCAUCACCACGAAUGUAA